CCUACUGUGUACCAGGCACAAGUCUAAAGGGGAGCCACAGACGACUCAGGACAACACAAUGAGCUCUCUGAUGUGGGGAGCCCUGGGUACUGGGGGAACCUGGAAGAGGGGUCACUCCCUAAGCUGUGGAGUGCAGGAGAGGCUCCCUGGAGGAGGUGAAGCUUGAGUGGAGUCUAGAAGGUUGAUUAAGAGUUAACCUGGGCAGAGAAGUGGGGGAAGUGUUCAAGGCAGGGGAAGUGGGAGACAUGCAUGACCUGUUCUUGGCACUUCAAUAGCAAAGUAUGCUCUUAAGGUGGUGGUCAGAGGGGGUUCGGCAGAAGCAGGUCACAGUGGGCCUUGAGUCGCAUUAAGGAGUUUGGGCUUUGUCCUGAAACUGGUGUAGGGAAACUGAAGGAUUCUAAGCAGCAUUGGCAAGAUGGCCUCGGCUGCAGUUUGGAGCAUAGAUUAGAGGACCUAGCCUGGAAACGGCUGCAAUGCUCCAGAGCACAAGGUUAUCAUCGUGGGACUGGACAACGCAGGAAAGACCACCAUUCUCUACCAGUUCCUGAUGAAUGAGGUGGUCCAUACGUGUCCCACCAUCGGUAGCAACGUGGAGGAGAUUGUUCUGCAAAAAACGCACUUCCUCAUGUGGGACAUAGGGGGACAGGAGGCUCUGCGCUCCACCUGGAACAUGUACUACUCCAACACUGAGUUCAUCAUCCUUGUGAUUGACAGCACGGACCGGGACCGGCUGCUGACCACUCGGGAGGAGCUGUACAAGAUGCUGGCCCAUGAGGCUCUUCGAGAUGCUUCCGUCCUGAUCUUUGCCAACAAGCAGGACAUGAAGGACUCCAUGACCACUGUGGAGAUCUCCCAACUCCUCACUCUUAGUGCCAUCAAAGACCACCCGUGGCACAUACAGGGCUGCUGUGCCCUCACCGGGGAAGGGUUAGUGGCUUCCCCACCUGGACCUCCAGGGCCUGGCCCCACCAAUGGACGAUUGACCAUCAGAACUCUCUCCUGUCGGAAUCUGGCUCACAGUUAUCUCCUGGGCCAAAUCAGUUGAGCACCUGCCUACAGUUAGGAUGCUGUGGGUAAGCGGUGAGCAAGACAGAGUCCCUACUCUCAAGGGGCUUGUUCUAGUGGGGAGAGAGAUGACGUUCCACCUACACGCAAACGUUUUAUGUUCUGAUAAACGCUAUGAAGAAAGUGAAAUUGGAUAACAGUGAUAGAGGGGCAGGACGGGUCUGACUUAGCUCUGGUGGUCAGAGACAGCCUCCACUAGGAGGUGACUUUUGAGCUGAGACCUGAACAAAGAGGAGAGAGCCA